AUGUUACCCGAAGCGCUGGUCUGUCUACUCAUCUCUGCCAUCGUCCACGCACAGCAAUUAUCGAUCAACGCCGUCGCCUCGCUCAACACGCAAACGCUCCCAAGCCCGCCUUCGUUUUCGAUACCCUCGAAUGACAACCAACUUACAAUAUCAGUCGCGCUAUGUACAAACUCAAAUACCGCUCCACGAUUCUUCCUCUCGAACGCUAGUACUACUAAAAAUCCGGGUUCGGGUGGGGGUGAGGGAGUUUUUGAGAUAGCGUUGCAGAACGGACAUGGGAACUGGACGGGGCUGUUUGAGAAUGGUAUAUUGGCGGUGGAGAGUAACGGCGCCCAAGUCUCCUUUGAGAUUGGUGUUUCUGAUAGUGGUCCGAUACACGAGGUGUUGAACGAGCUCCCCUUCUUCGGGGACACCACAUCCAACCAAGCCCUCCUCUUCUCUCCCCCCUUCGCUACACCCUCCAUCCCACCACCCACAUACCCAAAUUACACACUCCCCACAGCUUCCUUGGCAUUCACAGAAACACCGCCAUCCUCACCGCCCAACUACACCCUCGUCCUUUCCCCCACCUCCUCUUCCUCUCUCGCGUCAGGCCCGCAAACGGGCUGUUUCCUCUCUUCUCAAAAUACCUCUGGCACAAUCGCGAAUCAAUCAUUAUGGCUCCGAGACGAAGAAGGUUGGCGGAUACAGUGGCUUUUGGAGGGGUUGUCGCCUAGUACGAAUUAUACCGCCUACGCUAUACAAAACGGCACCAAAGUCGCUGGUCCUAUCUAUUUCGCAACUAAAUCAGCAUCCUUCCCCUGCCCCCUCGUCGCAUCCCUCCCCUUCUGCCCAGGCGUAUCCCACGCCGUCCCGCUCCCCGCACCUCCCACAGGCAACACAAUCUACGACACCACAAACCUCCCAACAAACCUAACAUCCACCCUCCUAACCUACCUCACAAACUUCACCGUAACACUAACCACGCACGCCUGCGGGCGGGACCGAUACUCCCCGUUAGUAGACUGUGGAGACUGUCAGAGGGAGUAUAGGAGAUGGUUGUGCGCGGUGUCGUUCUCGAGAUGUGGUGAGCCGAGUGUGGGGAGUCCAAGUGCGUUUACGGGGGUUCCUGCUACGCCUACGCAGACGGGGAUUAGUGCGCUCAAGUCGCUUUUACCUCCCAUUCCCGGUAUGGGCGGCGGUCCAAAUCAAAAUCAAGGACAACAACAAGUGCUAUCCGCCCUCCUCCCACAAACCACCCAACGUAACCCCAUCCUCCCACAAAUGGAUUAUACGCAACUCCUCCCGUGCCUUGAGACGUGUACGAGUGUGGAUAGGGCUUGUCCGCCGUUCUUACAGUUUCAGUGCCCGACGAGGAAGUUUAAUGCGGCUGCUAGUUAUGGUGUUGGGUAUGUUGAUGGGGCGGAUGGGGAUGAGGGGGAGGGUUUGGUCGGGGGUGCGCAGGAUCGGUGGGGGAAUGUUUGGUGUCAUUUGGGGUGA